UCUGCGCUUGCAAUGGCUGACGUCACAGCUAUGCUUGUGGGUGUACUAGAAGUCAUCAACGACGAUGACAUUGAGUUAGAUUUGAUAGACGAAUAUGCGUAUCCAAUUGCGGACCGCAAUUUAGUGAUAAAUCAGCGAAUAAGACUGGGCCCUACGCCUUUCGUUGGUAUCACCAAUUAUGUCCAAGCGACCGUUUGGAGAUACUCAAACGAUGCUUUCAAGCGGCACUUUAGAAUGAGUCGAGAUGCUUAUGUGAGAUUGCUGCAUAGAUUUACACACUACUCGCCAUUUUCAACUGUUUCUCAUAAUGUGAAACUUUUAUUAUUUCUUUGGACCAUUGGCAACCAAGAAUCAUUCAGAACAGUCGGAGAUCGAUUCGGCAUGCUGCCAGGUGACGCCCAUUUCAUUUUUCUUGCCACCUGCAAAGUAAUCAUGGAUCAUGCUACCGACUUUAUUUGUUGGCCAAAUCGUGAUGAGUACAAUGCCAUUAGCGAAAAUUUUCAACUUCCAUACACCAUAGGUGUGGUCGACGGCACAUUAAUUAGAAUAGUGCAACCCAUGGAACACUUUGCAGCAUAUACAUGCCGCAAAAAAUUUUGCGCCGUUACCCUUCAAGCAACCUGUACCACCACCCUUAAGUUCACAUCCGUGAGCACAGGGUGGCCAGGGUCGAUGCAUGAUGCCCGUAUCUUUGCAAACAGCGAGCUAGGGCAAACACUUCAGGAAAGAUUGGCGGGCACCGAUUAUCACAUAAUUGGAGAUCUUGCCUAUCCUUUGUCUGAACGUUUGCUAAAAUCAUAUCGAAGAGCAGGUGCAAACGAGGAACAGAAACUUUUCAACCGUACUCUGAACUGCGAUAGAUCUUCAAUUGAGCGAGCAUUUGCUCGCCUGAAAGGAAAAUUUCGACGGUUAAAGUUUCUUUACAUGAGGCGAUUGGAUUUGAUUCCAAGCGUCAUCAUCGCAGCUUGUUGCCUACAUAACUUCUCAAUAGAAGUUGACGGUCUUGAUGAUGAAGAUUUUGCUGUCGACAUCAACGAGGAAGAAGACGACGACCACGGCCUUGAUGAACGUGAACCAUUAGUUGGACAAAUCAAAAGAAAUAGAAUUGCGUCUAUGUUGUGAAUCAGUGUAUAUUGUAUUGCAGAGUAAAUUUGCUGUUCUACAAUUUUGAUUUGUCGGUUGAGGUGUUAGUAAGAAGUAAACCGCAAAUUAAUCAGUGGAAUAGGC